UGUUUAUUGCUUUCUCUUUGUAGGUUCGUAGGCUGGCAAUGGAGGUUCGACAAUUGGCUUCUGCACGAUCAAUUACUGUUCUUAAUGGAAAUUCUUCUGGUAACUUGACAUCUCUUAUCAUGCCAACUGCUGCAGUAGGGGCGUUGGGUUAUGGAUAUAUGUGGUGGAAGGGUUUAUCAUUCUCUGACCUUAUGUAUGUUACCAAAAAGAAUAUGACAAGUGCCGUUUCAAAUUUGACAAAGCACUUGGAGCAUGUUUCUGAGGCGCUUGCUGCAACAAAGAAACAUUUGACGCAGAGAAUUCAGAAUGUCGAUGGGAAAUUGGAUGAUCAAAUGGAGAUGUCAAAACUACUAAGGAAUGAGGUUAAUGAUGUGCGUGGUGAUCUGUCUCAAAUUGGUUGUGAUUUGGAUGAAUUACAGAGAAUGGUUUCUGGUCUGGAUGGCAAGUUAGUUUCCUUAGAAGGCAAACAGGACUUUGCAAAUGCUGGUGUCAUGUACCUGUGCAAUAUAGUCAAUGGAAAAAGGGUGAAGAUGCCUGAUACACUUCAGGAACAACUUAAAAUUGUGGGCAACUCAACACCUAGUCUCAUGGGCCUUAAAGAACUUGCUGACUCUUUACCACAAGGAAAUUCUAAUAGGUAUUUAACUGAUGGCAUUGCCCAAGAUAAUCCUGAUAAGUUAAAAGAUCCACCAAGAGGCCUAAUGAGGUAUGUUAUUUUAGCAUGUUCAAACUUCCUCUUUCACUUGCUCUCCUCUAUUUUGGCUGUGGGUUAGCUGGGAUUUAGUCAU